UACAGUGUCGAAUGUCACAUAACCAACAAAUUUUGUAAAUGACCAUUUAUAAGAAAUUACUAUUAUUUUAAACUUUAAAACAUGUCUGUUUUCGACGGAGAAAUCGAGUUCAAGUCUGUAUACAUGGAAGAUUUUGUUAAAAAAGAUAAACCCAUGAGUCCUCGUCGGAAAGCUAUUGAUGACGAUUGCCUGAUCGUUGGACUCAGUCGCGACUUCUUGAAACCAAGGGAGCAGCCACGCAAGAGUCCCGACGUCCUCUGUCCGGUAGACUUCGAGUAUUACAAGAAGGCUGUCGAGAGGUUCCAGGAAGAUCAUCCCAAGUUGACAAAAAUGUACAUGUCCAAAGAUAUUGACCCAGUGCCAAUAGAACAUGAGAUUCAAGAUCUGAAGCGAACCGAGUACCUUACUAAGUACUGUUCUAGAGAGCUUCCCUUCAUGUCGGUAAACCUUGCGAGACGAGCCCGUGCCCUUCAAACUCUGCGUUUACCUGACGACAUCUACAUUCCAGACACUAGCCAAAAGGGCUCAUACAGGCAUCCGAAACCGGAAAAAUACAAGGAUCCACCCUCUACAUUGUCCAUGAAACCUAAAUUUGAUCCAUCUUUACAAAAGGAACUCCGUCGCAUCCUAAGGGUCCGCACUGGUGACACAAGUUACGGAGUGAGCCACGGACUCUUGGCUGAAGUUGUUCUUGAAAGAAGUCCGUUUGGUAAGCCUCGAGAAGAACCAAAAUACGGUCGUUGGCGGAAUCCGUACAUUUAUUGCUAUAGAAUUUAACUUUUUUAAUGAAAUUUUAUAUUUGUCUUACUAUUGUAUUUAAAAUUUUGUUAUUAUUUCAUACUGAUGCCUCAACGCU